CGCGUUCAAAUAAAGUUUUGUGAGCGACUGAGUGUGUGAUGACGUAGCGCUGGUUUGAUUCUGUUUUGCGGGAAACAGCUGCAGCAACUUUUGGCUUCACGACAACUAUAGGAAUAAACAUUAGACUAUCGGGAUAUUGGAAGCGAGCGAUAUUUAUAAGUCUCUGUUUGCGUCCCUAAAGAGUAAUAGGAGUAAAAUUCGGAAUGGAAGUGACUGAAUUAGCUAGCCGGCUAGUUUAGCAGUAGCAGUGUACAGUAGUAGUGGUUAGCUUGCUAGCUUUUUCUCAGGACUCGGUUAUUCAGCCGAGCAAUACCUGUGGGUUUUUGUUGUUGUUUGUUUAUUUGUUUGUUGUUGUUUACACCAUGUCUGAAAACCUGCUGAAAGAAUGUCCUUUAUUAGUUGCGCUGGAUAAAGAGAAAACUAUUUACGAUGGUUUUAUCUCAGUACAGGAAAGAGACUUCAGGUUAAGAAUAACACUCCCUCCAGACCAUCAGCUGAAACAGGCAAAGUUGUACUGUUGCUGGGAACUGAAAAGGCUGCUGAAAAACCAUCAGCACAUCCUAAAACAGAGGUUACAACAUUCUUCAGAUUUGGUCGGGUUUAUUUUGGAGCUGAGGACCAUAUUGGAAGUAGCAAUGAAGAGCCAGCCAAGCUGGCAGUCCAUUCCACCACCUCAGUACUAUUCACAGCUCAUCACAGAGAUAGAGAGUUUAGGAUGGGAUAAGCUGAUCUUCAUCGACACUGACUUCCACACUCUUAAGUUGAAGGCAGAGGACUCCUCUCAUCGUCAGCAUGUCUUUACAGUUAAGCUUAAAUCAAAGUACCCAGCAGAAGCUCCAGAAUGCUCCGCGGACCUGCCUGUCCCACUGGUCAUUACGUGGACCCCACAGAGUAAUUUAGCCCACAUGCAUAGCCAGUUCCUGUUGAUUGUGGAAGCCUUGGCUGAAUUCUGGGCAGUGAUGGAUGAGAUUGAUGAGCACACCUGGGUGCUGGAACCUGAAAAACCUAUCAGAGCAGACACGAUGAGAAGGAUCGCUAUUGGGAACAACGUCUCCAUAAAGGUUGAGAUCAACCCCAGGCAUCCGAAGAUGUUACCAGAAUGCUGCCUGCUUGGAGCUGAGCAUGCGGUAACCCCCCUGAGGAGCAAGCUGAACGCUAACAUGCAUUUAUGGAACCCCGACUGCAGCGUCCUGCAGAACAUGAAGGAUGUUAUGGAGAUAGGAUUCCCAUCACCUGCCACCCACGAAAAAUCUAGUUUUAGUGUGGAGUGCGGCAUCUGCUAUUCAUAUCGCCUGGACUCUGCCAUUCCAGAUCAGGUGUGUAACGAUCCACGCUGCGGGCAGCCUUUUCAUCAGGCCUGUCUCUAUGAGUGGCUGAGAGGUUUGCCCACCAGUCGCCAGAGCUUCAAUAUUGUGUUCGGAGAAUGUCCUUACUGCAGCAAGCCCAUCACAGUGAAAAUGGCCAUACAAAAACCGUGACCACUCAGCAAAAUGGAUGCUGUGUUUCAGAAGGACAAGAAAUUUCGUUCUUAAUACUGGAAUAUGAAAACCAAAACACUGUGUUCAAAAGGCAGCAAA